AUGAGCAGUCUUAGUGCAACCCCAAGCAUCUCAAUGAAAGCAAGGCUGCUGUUCAGCCUCCAUUCCUUGGGCUUCGACCUUGCUCGGUUCCUCCGCCGCCGCGAAUCCGGCAUUAACCGCACCAUCAUGAAGCUCUUCGACCUUAAGUCCCCUCCUUGUUCAUCCCAAAUUAAUGGAGCUGCCUCUUCCUUGGACGUCAUGGUGGAUCCCUCUCGAAACCUCUGGCUUCGCCUCUACAGGCCUUGGACGUCUGCUGCCACCCCGCUGCCGGUGAUCAUAUACUUCCACGGCGGCGGGUUUUGCACGAUGGGCGCCGACUCAAGAUUCUACGACAUCUUCUGCCGCUCGCUCGCCUCUGAAACCCCUGCCGUCGUCGUCUCCGUCAACUACCGGCUCGCCCCCGAGCACCGCUGUCCCAGCCAGUACGAGGACGGGUUCGACGCCGUCAAGUUCCUCGACGCCGUCAUCAACUUGGACGGCGUGGACCUGGGCCGAUGUUUCUUGGCCGGGGAUAGCGCGGGAGGGAACCUAGCCCACCACGUGGCGGUCCGAGCUGCCGAAUCGGAGGCGGCGCUGAAGCGCGUGAAGAUCACGGGCUUGAUCUCGAUCCAGCCGUUUUUCGGCGGAGAGGAGAGGACGGAGUCGGAGAUGAGGAUGGUGGGAGUCCCCGUCAUCAACAUGGAAGCGACGGACUGGGCCUGGAGGUCGUUUCUGCCGGAGGGGUCGGACCGGAACCACCCGGCGGCCAAUGUGUUGCGGUUGGAUGUGUCCAAGGUCGUGGGUUUCCCGGCGGCGACGAUGGUGGUUGUCGGAGGGUUCGAUCCGCUGCAGGAUCGGCAGAGGAGCUACCACGAGUGGCUGGUGGAAUCGGGGAAGGAGGGAGUUGAGCUGUUGGAGUAUCCGAAUGCUGUUCAUGCGUUUUAUUUGAUGCCUGACUUGCCUGAGACACCCAUGUUGCUCGCAGAUAUCAGGGAUUUCAUCCAACGCCACGCUGCCCGCCCAUUCAAUUGA